AUGGAUAAACUGAGAAACGUUUUGCCGUUCUAUAAGCGAAAAGAGGAGAAGGAACACUUUCGCCACAAUGGAAGUUUACUGCUGGAGGGACUAAUUUCUUGUUUUGGUGGGCGGUACGAGCUUCCCAUUCGAAGCUUCACUGCCGGAGAAGUCAUCAGGGCAACCAAUAACUUUUCAGAACAGGUCAAUCAUAUUGCCCUUGAUAGUUGGAAGUUUUUCAGAGGGAAUUUGCAAGACCGACCCAUUUUGGUUAAAUUUGGUGAGGUAGGAAGUGGGGCGUUUCCAGCCAGGCCUGAGUUUAUCAUUCGCGGCAUAGUUGUCAAUUCACAAAUGAGUCACCUCAAGAAUGUCUUACAUCUUAUAGGCUGCUGUUUGGAAUUCGAGCUUCCUGCUUUGGUGUAUGCUUAUGCUCCUGGGAUGGAAUCUCUUCCUCAUUCCCUCAGCUAUCCCCGUAACGGUCAGCUAAUUUCUUGGAAAAGUAGAAUAAAGAUUGCAAGUGACAUAGCCAACGUCUUGCUUUAUCUUCAUACAGCAUUUCCUUCGCCAAUCAUUUUCCGGAAUUUGAAAUUAGCCAGCGUGAUAUUGGACAGUAGCGGAGUAGCUAAAUUAUUUGGCUUUGAAUUUUCGAUAUCCCUUCCCCCUGGAGAAAAGAAGAUUGAAGAUGAGAUUUGUGGCACUUCUGGAUACCUCGACCCUGAAUACUUCAAGUCAGGCUUUGUGACCGAGAAGAGUGAUGUGUACAGCUUAGGGGUAUUUAUCCUUCUGCUAAUUACUGGAGAAACACGUGUGUUCAAGGACGGUGAACCAACAAUACCUUAUUUCAAACGCCGCUUAGAGAAUGAUCAACUCAAACAUAUUCUGGAUCCCAAGAGUUUUGAAGAGGAAGGCUACAACGAACACGAGAUAGAGCAGCAUUUGUUGCCUUUUACUAAUCUUGCUUUGAGAUGUACAGAAGAAAAAGGAGAAGAUAGGCCAGAUAUGAUCGAGGUUGCAAAACAGCUCCGCCAAAUCGAGAAGUCUUGUUUCCUUUAUCCAUAUUCAGACAUCUCCAGAUGUCAGGAUCUGUGCUUAUUUUGCAAAUCUCUGAAUGCAUUACAAAUUGACUCAUGUUUUCCUUCAACUCGAUAUCAGUUAAUUUUAACGAUGACUCAUGGAUCUGUUUUCCUUCAACUUGCAACCUUUUUGCAGUGCAAAGCAAAUGGUUUGAUUAAUGUCUUGCUUGAUAACACAUUAGAUAACAGUCUAGCCAAUGGUUAG